AUGUCGACAUACAACGGACGGCACGGUCCCAACGUGUCGCAAUACCUGCGGGACCUCAACACCAUCAGUCCUCAGGACACCACGGCCCCUGAGGAGGGCUUCAACAUGGAGGACGACCUCUCCCUCUUCACCAACACCCAGUUCUUCGACUUCGACUCUGGCCAGAACCUGGACUACCAGGCCCAGCCUAUCAAGCCCGAUGGCAAGAGCGCCGGCCGCCACAGCUCGAAUGCGUCCGACGAGGCGACCACGGCCGCGCCGUCGGUCAUUGGCGACAUGCCCAACCUGGACUUCAUGUCUGGCGACUUCAACUUCACCGAGUUCAACAACGCUUAUGCGUCCCCGUCCAUGAACACCUUCCCUGAUGGUGCCUCAACUUUCCCGCCGCUGCAGCCCAACCACGCCGCCGUCCAGGCCCACCAGUCGCAGGCCCAGUUCCGGCAAGGAGCUGCCCGGCCCGCCGAGAAGCGCAAGGCCGAGGCCAUGACGGCCCCGACCCCGCAGCUGAACUUUGAGGAGGCCUCGCGCGUCGCUGCCGAGGAGGACAAGCGGAGGCGGAACACGGCCGCCAGCGCUCGCUUCCGGAUCAAGAAGAAGCAGCGUGAGCAGGCCCUGGAGAAGUCGGCCAAGGAGAUGACGGACAAGAUCACCUCGUUGGAAGGAAAGGUGUCGCAGCUCGAGACGGAGAACAAGUGGCUGAAGAACCUCCUCGUCGAGAAGAACGAGGGUAGCGACGACAUCACCGCCCUCUGGAAGGAGUUCACAAAGCACGCCACGGAGAAGACCAAGGCCGCGUCAGCCGCGUCCGAGGCUGCCAAGGAGGAGCGGUGA